CCCAACCCAGGAUUGGAGCGUAGCUUCUCAUUCAGUUUUGCCAGAGCUCUGCAUUUGUUGAGUGUGGUGGUUCCUGGCGAACCAGCACUCUUUAAGCUAGAUUCGGCGGAGCUGGUAAUUCAUCUCGGGACCAGCAAACAGCUGCCAGCCACAAAAGGGGGAGCUAAGCACCACUCCAGCAAAAGCGAGGUUAGGCAGCAGCUACCGUCUGGAAUAUAGUUUUACAGGGGCUAACAACCAUCAAUAAACCCCAAGCAGACAACACAGCACUCCCGGGAACUGAACCAACAAACGGGGAGCAAGGGCUCAGCAGCCAGACAGUGGCAAAGCAUCAAGGGGGUAGAAGCAGACAGUGGAAGAUCCCCCGUGAGUCUAACAUCGGAACUUCCUAAGGAGCCGGAGGCCAGGGUACAGACUUUAAAGUCAGCAUGCAGCACUCGGAUUUUAUAUAAACUAUGAGCGGAAACGUGGAGACCUUACUGUAAAAGGAAUGUAAGCAGUGAUUUAUCCAAGUGCAAAACUAGGACUUCUGUAAAGGAAUAGACAGUGGGUAAGCGAUCAGAUCACACUAAAUCUCAGCCUCUCCUGCCUUAAGAAAGAGCCAGACCAAUGGAGGGGUAUUUGAGCUGAUGACCAGCCAUAACACAGGGAGUUGGAGAAGGGUAUCGGGGUGAACCAGUCCGUACACUUUGAAGAAUAUUUAUACGACCAGGAGCAUAGACUUAACUUCGGAAAUAAUGGUAUAACAGCAGGAGGGCGAUUGUAAAAUACAAUCACUGGGAUCGAGAGGCGUGAUAAGCAGGCAAGCUUAUAAUAAAAAGGAACGGAUCGGUGUGCUUCUACUUAGACCCUUUAAAGAAGCAUUAGGGUCAGUGUGAAAUCUGUGGAACUAGUAGGAGAGCAGGGCUGGUGCCAUAUACCGUUUUACACUGGCCAGGAUCUCUGUUUAAGGAACGGGGUAUACUAGGCUACUGACCAGUGUACACAUACUGUGGAACUCACUUAUACCUGUGUCCAACAUGGAUCUAUGGUCACCAUUCAGGACCGUCAUUCCUUUCCUCUUUAUCGUGUUCCAGUCCAGCUUAGCUGUUGAAGAAACAUUAAUGGACACAAAGUGGGCAUCAUCAGAAUUGAGCUGGACAGCAUAUCCAGAGAAUGGAUGGGAAGAGGUUAGUGGAUAUGAUGAAGCAAUGAAUCCAAUUCGCACUUACCAGGUGUGUAACGUCAUGGAGCUCAAUCAGAACAAUUGGUUACGGACCACGUACAUUGAGCGUCAGAAUGCUCAGCGAGUCUAUUUGGAGCUAAAAUUUACAGUUAGGGAUUGUAAUAGCAUUCCCAACAUUCCUGGAUCUUGCAAGGAGACCUUUAAUCUAUUUUAUUAUGAGUCAGAUACUGACUCUGCAACUGAAAGCACUCCUUUCUGGAUGGAGAAUCCUUACAUCAAAGUAGACACCAUUGCUCCAGAUGAAAGCUUCUCCACACUGGAAUCUGGUAGAGUGAAUGUUAAAGUGCGCAGCUUUGGUCCACUGUCAAAGAAGGGGUUCUAUUUGGCUUUUCAGGACCUAGGUGCCUGUAUGUCACUAAUUUCUGCCCGUGUCUACUUCAAAAAAUGUCCCAGCAUCAUUGCCAGUUUUGCCAUGUUCCCUGAAUCUGUAACUGGAGCAGAGCAAACAUCACUGAUCAUAACACCAGGAACAUGUAUUCCCAAUGCUGUUGAGGUGUCAGUACCCUUAAAACUUUACUGUAAUGGAGACGGAGAGUGGAUGGUGCCUGUUGGAUCAUGUACGUGUGCAGCUGGAUUUGAGCCUGCAAUGAAGGACACGCAGUGCCAAGCUUGUAGUCCUGGUACCUUCAAAGCGAAACAAGGAGGAAUACCUUGUAUUCGCUGCCCGCCAUACAGCAAGACCAACUCUGAAGCAUCCACAAUCUGUGCUUGUAAAAAUGGCUUCUACCGCGCAGACAAUGACCCACCAGAUGUGGCCUGCACAGGUGUACCAUCAUCACCCCGAAAUGUGAUAUCUAGUGUAAAUGAGACCUCAGUAAUGCUAGAAUGGAGUGAGCCUCGUGACAUGGGGGGACGAAAUGACCUCCUCUAUAAUGUAAUCUGUAAGAAGUGCAGCAUGGAGAAGCGAGUUUGCACCCGAUGUGACGACAAUGUGGAAUUUCUUCCACGGCAGCUGGGAUUAACAGAGAAACGAGUUUUCAUCAGUAACCUAUUGGCUCACACGCAAUACAGUUUUGAAAUCCAGGCUGUUAAUGGAGUCUCAAACAAGACCCCAUUCUCUCCGCAGUUUUCAUCUGUCAAUAUCACUACAAACCAAGCCGCUCCUUCUCCGGUCCAGACAAUAAAUCUACACGCUACUACUUCUUCCAGCAUUUCGUUAUCCUGGUCACCACCAGACAGACCGAAUGGAAUCAUUCUCGACUAUGAGGUCAAGUACUUUGAAAAGGGUCAGGGAGAUGUAAUAGCCCACACAAUCACCAGCCAAAAGAAUGCAGUUCGUAUAGAUGGACUUAAGUCAGGAACUACUUAUGCAGUUCAGGUUCGUGCAAGGACUGUGGCUGGAUAUGGAAGAUACAGCUCAAUCCUGGAAUGUCAGACUCCUACAGAGAAAGAGGGGGAAGAAAAGAAAAUUGGGGAACAACUACCUCUGAUAGUGGGAUCUGCUACAGCUGGCCUUGUCUUUGUUAUUGUUGUGAUCGUGAUCGCUAUUGUGUGUUUGAGGUGUAACGGAAAAAUGCAGCAUGGGAGAAAUCCUAGUAAUGUGAAAGCAAAUGUGCAUAAAAAGCAAAGAAAACAAAGGAAUGGCUCAGAGUCCGAGUACACAGAAAAACUGCAACAGUACGUUACUCCUGGUGUGAAAGUUUACAUUGAUCCUUUCACUUAUGAGGACCCCAAUGAAGCCAUCCGUGAAUUUGCAAAAGAAAUUGACAUAUCCUGUGUAAAAAUUGAGGAAGUGAUUGGAGCAGUCUGCAUUUUUCAAACAGGAGAAUUUGGGGAGGUCUGCAGGGGUCGUCUGAAGCUUCCUGGACGUAGGGAAAUGUUUGUGGCUAUUAAGACUUUGAAGGUGGGCUACACAGAAAGACAAAGACGAGACUUUUUAGGGGAGGCGAGUAUUAUGGGGCAGUUUGACCAUCCUAACAUCAUUCACUUGGAGGGUGUUGUGACCAAAAGCCGACCAGUUAUGAUCGUCACAGAAUUUAUGGAGAAUGGAGCAUUGGACUCCUUCCUUAGGCUCAACGAUGGGCAAUUUACAGUGAUCCAGCUUGUGGGUAUGCUAAGAGGCAUUGCUGCAGGAAUGAAGUAUCUGUCAGAGAUGAACUACGUUCACCGUGACUUAGCAGCACGCAAUAUCUUGGUCAACAGCAACUUGGUCUGCAAAGUGUCAGAUUUUGGACUUUCUCGCUUUCUAGAGGAUGAUCCUACAGAUCCAACUUAUACCAGUUCACUGGGUGGAAAGAUUCCCAUCAGAUGGACAGCCCCAGAAGCUAUUGCCUAUCGAAAGUUUACUUCAGCUAGUGAUGUCUGGAGCUAUGGUAUAGUCAUGUGGGAGGUGAUGUCAUACGGAGAGCGGCCAUAUUGGGACAUGUCAAACCAAGAUGUUAUCAAUGCUGUGGAACAGGAUUACCGUUUGCCUCCUCCUAUGGACUGUCCAACUGCCCUUCAUCAGCUGAUGCUAGACUGCUGGGUGAAAGACCGAAAUCUAAGGCCUAAGUUUGCUCAGAUAGUUAAUACACUGGAUAAGCUUAUACGGAAUGCUGCCAGCCUCAAGGUGGUCUCAAAUGUCCAUUCAGGCAUGUCUCAGCCCUUGCUGGAUCGUAGUGUUCCUGAUUAUACCACCUUCACCACAGUGAGCGACUGGCUUGAUGCAAUAAAAAUGGGCCGAUACAAGGAGAACUUCGUAAAUGCUGGGUUUGCAUCCUUCGACCUGGUCGUGCAGAUGACAGCCGAGGAUUUGCUAAGAAUAGGAGUCACCUUGGCUGGGCAUCAGAAAAAGAUUCUAAGCAGCAUUCAGGACAUGAGGUUACAGAUGAACCAGACUUUACCAGUGCAAGUCUGAGCAGCAAAGACUCUUGGAUGAAAGCAGGGAGAAGGAAUUAUUAAAUAAAAGUACUAAUAGGAUUAUACAUGCAGUGCCUGGCUUCCUACUUGUUUUCUCUUGUGUGGAGCUUCUUUUUAAAGCUGAUUUCAUGGUACUUAAAGGGACGGCACCAGAUCACUUUGUGGGCAUCAGUUACUGACUACAUUAAAAAGCUCCAAAAUUGCAAAGCACUCAGAAACAUUAUUACUCUGGAUUCAUCUUGAUAACUUUGGAUUCUGUAAAGAGUAAACCGAUCACCAAGAGGAAAAAAAAAACAAGAAUAUAGGAUUUUUAGCCAGUGCUUUAAGAGUCUUCAUAUUGAAGAUAUCUAUUUAAAUGUAAUCAUAGGAUGGACUUGCAUAUUGUGAAUUUUAUCCUGACACCGUAUAUGAUGACCUUCAAAUAAGCAUGGAGGGAUAUAUCAUUAUCUUUUCGUUUUACCAGUUGGAGAAUGAAGAGGAGAAAGGCAACAUAAAAAGGUUGAUCUUAUGCGUAUGUACAGUAUGUGAUAAUUAUAUGUUCUCCAGUGGUCAGUUUCAGUUCUGGAUGGAGGACUACGUUGACACAAGGUUUUCCCAAAAUUGGUAACAAGAAAAAGACAGCUUGGAAUAUUUUCUUCAACCAUGUGAAUGAAGGAUUGGUUGUAUCGGUAAACUCAAGUGGCCAUUUUUCUUCCAGUUUUCUUCCAGUGUCAUGAAGGAGAACAUAUAUAUAUUUUUACAAAUGGUGAGAAUUUGACUAUGAAGUUUUGGAGAGCUUUACUGUAAAGGCCAUCUUCCUUGCUGUCAAAGACAAUCAUUGACCAUGAUCCUGGACAUGGCUCUGGACAGUGCUUCCUUGUCCUUCAUUCACAGCUAGUGUUGUGUCAGCGUGACAAUUCUUAGUGUCUCACAUGGAAAUGAUCUAACUUUCCUUGGUCCCAGAGGAUGUACUUCUCCUGAUAAAUCAAAUGUUCUUCAUCAGCUUUGCUAUUGCCUUCCACUGGAGACUUUCUUUGCAAUGAAUAAUUUGCGCUACUUAGAAAAGCACUAUUGGAUUGUACCAGUUUGGAUUCUGGAUUUAUUUUGCGUGUUCAGAAAUGGGGGAGGGAGAGAGAGAAAACCUCUGUUUCUGAGCACUGUCCUUCAAUAAGUGAUUGCACACGACUUAAAUGAGAAUGAUCCUCAGCCAUGAAAGGGUGCAUAGAGUCUUAGUAAACUAAGCAUCCUGUCCAAGCUGGGUCUCACAUUAUGCACAGGGAUCAACUGUUGUAGGAGAUAAAGUGCCGUCAUUUGAACUAAGUGCUGUUAAAUGCUGUGAUAGUUGCCAAAAUCCUUUCACAUUAUUAUUUUGUCUAACAUGAUGGCAUUUAAAUAAUGAAUUAUCAUGUUUUUUUUUUGUCCCAGUACUGGGGAGGGAUCCUAUAGAAGAGGCAAUAAUAUGUCUGUUUACCUAAGACUGCAAAAGAAUAUAUAUAUAUAUAUAUAUAUAUAUAUAUAUAUAUAUAUAUAUAUAUAUAUUGCUAUAGGUGUACACGAGGUUCCAAGAGGCACUGGAAAAACUGAGCUUAGAAGCUUGUACAUAAUUAUGGCCUUUUUCAUCAUGAUUUUGUACACACACACACACACACACACACACACACACACACACACACACACACACACACUCUAUAUACUUGUUUACGUAACUUGCUAAGUUAAAAUGCAUCCAGAAUUUAAAUAUGAAAAUAUACAGAGCAAAGCAACCUGAAAAGACAUUGAUAAUUAGCAGUUUGGGAACUUUAUUUUUAUUUUUAACCCUCUUAAUUAUACAUACAUACAUACAUAUGCUCAUACAUGUUUUUAUAUAAUUAUAUAUUCCAAAUAUCCAUUUCUUUCAUGAAAAGUAACAGUGCUUUUAUGGACUGUAUCACAAAUGAAAGUUGAUUACAUUUCUUCUUAUUUCUCUUACCUUAACUGUAUUUAGUGAAGCUUAUUUUGCUAACAUUUUGGAUGAUGUACCUACUAAUCUCAGAAAAAAAUUGGAAAACAUCACAUAGAGCUUUUAUUAUUGCUUGACCUCACCAUCUUUGUUAUUCAGUAUGUCAUUUUAAAAAUGUUCCCUCAUAACUGAUUUGCUAAAGUAAGCCAUGAUUACACGAGAGCUUUGAGAAGUAAAUCAAAAAGCAGAGGAGAAUCCCACAAAAAUGUCUGAGUGAACUUGUAAUCACAGAGUGUUCAGCAUUUUUACAGCACACUCUGUACACCUCAGCCCAAAGCUUUGCUCACUUGGAAAGUAUGUAUAGACAUUGCUUGGACUUCUGCCCCUCUUUGGGUGCACAUUUUGAAUGACCCCCCCCCCCC